AUUUUUCAUCCUCUUCUUCAACAAUGGCCUUACUUUCAGUGGUCUGUCAAAACAAGAAAUAUUUUCAUUUUUCCGGUUUACUGGCAGCAGUGGGUCGCCGUCUUAAUUUUAAGAGUCAAGUUAUGACUGUAACAGAACAACAACUAAAAAACAAGCUUACUCAAGAGUUGCCCGCUUCCUAUGUGGUAAGUCUUGUGUAAUUGCUGUCAAAAGUCUGAACUUUCCCGAAUCGAUAAUAAAUAUGUACGUUUCCACUUAAGCAUUGAUAAAAAACCAUCGAAUAAACAGUCUCAUCAUUAUUUUUGCUAAAAUGAAUCAUGUACUGUAAAAUAAGCAGCGAGAGUUGGCUAGUGUUAUUCGGAACGCUAGUAGCUGUAUUGUUAAGAUGUUGUACCACUCUGCACCCUUAUUCGGGUCAGGGCACGCCUCCGAUGUACGGAGAUUACGAGGCACAACGGCAUUGGAUGGAAAUUACCACAAACUUGCCUGUAAAGGAUUGGUAUCGCAAUACCACGGACAAUAACUUGAUGGUAUGGGGCUUGGACUAUCCACCUUUGACAGCUUAUCACAUGUAUUUGUGCGGAAGAUUUGCACGUGUGUUGAAUGAAAAUUUCACCAAGUUGCAUGAAUCAAGAGGACACGAAAGUGAAGCCCACAAAUUGUUUAUGAGAUAUACGGUUUUGAUGGGUGACAUGUUGAUAUUCAUUCCUGGAAUCAUUUUGUAUUACUACACGUGUGUUAACCUGCGUAGAAGUGAUGAAAAGAAAAACAAGAAGAAGCCCAAAGCUCUGUUAGGGUUAAAAAUAAUGGAUUAUUCAUUAUCUAUAGUGUUGGGGUUGUUAUAUCCAGGCAUAAUACUGAUUGAUCACGGUCAUUUCCAGUACAAUUCGAUCUCACUUGGGUUAUUUGUGUUCGCCACAAUUUUUUUACUGCAUCGCAAGAACAUUUUGGCAUCCAUUGCGUUUUGCCUUGCUUUGAACUACAAGCAAAUGGAAUUGUACCAUUCUUUACCUUUCUUUCUUUACUUGCUGAGCACUUGCGUUCCGAAGCCGGGCCAGAGCAGCCUCUCGGGCGUUUUGCAGCUCAUCAAACUGGGAGUGAGUGUCACGGCAACAUUCACACUCAUUUGGCUGCCUUUUCUAUUUAAUUCGGCAGACCUGUUACAGGUUCUACACAGGUUGUUCCCUAUUGCACGCGGAGUAUUUGAGGAUAAAGUGUCCAAUAUUUGGUGCACCCUCAAUAUCUUCUUUAAAUUUAAAUCUCAAUUUGACACCUACCAAAUGAUGAGAUUAUGCAUGUUUACCACCCUCUCUGCAAUACUUCCAUCUUGCGCCGAUUUAUUUCUGAGACCCAACCUCAGAAAGUUCGUUUUAUCCUUGAUCAACUGUUCCCUUGGGUUUUUUCUAUUUAGUUUUCAGGUUCACGAGAAAAGUAUCUUGCUGGUGGCGAUCCCUGUUCUGUUGUACUUUCCGUACGCGCCAUUUGUAUGUUUUUGGUUUCUGUGCAUUUCCAUCUUCAGCAUGAUACCGUUACUUAUUAAAGACAAUUUAACGGUCGCUUUAAUAGCCUUAACGGUGUUCUAUGCAGUGUCUUUUAGGGUGUCGGUAGAGCACGCCUUUAAAAACAUGUUUGCGACCAAUGAAGGCCUUUUUGAAUACUAUAGAAGAAUCCUAGAUCUCCUUUUCAACGUAGAAUCGAACGAUGCCGAUUUGGAGACUCUCAUAAAACUGACCUCGCAGAAAAUGAUUAAAAACAGACACGCCUUGUUUGCGUUAAUAUUCCAUCUAACCAUAUUUACAUCAUUGUGCGGUUGCGUGGCUCUUUUCGUCGCCAUCUUGGUCAUGGAACCGCCCCAAAAGUAUCCCGAUCUAUUCCCCUUGCUAAUAUCGGUUUAUUCUUGCGUCCAUUUUUUCGGAUUUUUUCUUUAUUUUAACGUCAAACAGUUCGGCAUCCCGCAAGAGUUUGAGGACAUCAAAAAUGUUAAAGUUAAGAGCUCUUAAUGAUAGCUUGAUUUGUAAGACACAAAUGUACAGACUUGUUAAUAAAAUUAAAUUUUAUUAAUACCGCCUCUUUCAAUUCAAUCUCUCUCGGUUGUUUUUAAACAUGUCUUUGAAAAAAAUAUCUCUGUAAAUGUAUUCUUCAACAGAGAAUGGAAUUUUCUGUUCUCUUGUUACUAUUUAUAA